UUCUGACGUAGCACACAUCCGUGACCGAGAACUGUUUGACAUGUUGGAGAGCAAAGGAGCGUGCUGACAACAAAAAUGAUGAAUUUAGCUGCAUUGGUUCACAGCCUCAGAUGUUCUUUGUUACACAUCGAAAGCAGACUUCUGCAGGCAGCUGGACUUGAUGCACACCUCGCUCCAGCGCUGGCAGUAUAUGGCCCCAGCCUCCUACCUCAGCUCGACCAGGAUGAUCACCUAGAGGAGCAGCAGAGCUCCGACCAGCCCCCUGGCACCCAGGACAGCAUCCUGUGGAUGGCAGCACCCAAGAAGCGACGCACCAUAGAGGUCAACCGGACCAGGAGGAGAAAUGAGAACAAACUUAUUAAAGUGAAGAAUAACAUCGAGCCCUGUCCUGAGUGUGGCCAUUUGAAGCAGAAACACAUCUUGUGUGGCUUCUGCUACGCUAAAGUGUCCAGGGAGACUGCUCAGAUUCGUCAACAGAUUAACACAAUGGAAGGUGGCCCUCUGAGGACCCCAGCUGUGGAGUCUGUUGUCCUGUACGAGGGUGAAACACCGAGCGAACAGGACAAAGACAAGAGGAUAGUGGAGAGGGCCAGGAAGAGGCCUGCCUGGUUCAGCUACUGAUGAGUUAUUAAAUACAGAGUUUGAAGAGAUUUGUCAUUAUGUGAAUAGAAUAUGUGGCUCUAUCAAAUUGAAACAAGCAGCUUUUAUAAACAUGUAAACAUCAGUUAUACAUUCUCAGUUAUCUCUUUAAAAACAAUUUCAUUACUAUGUGACUACGCUGAAAUAUCCAAGUAUUUGGAGUUUGUGACAAUUUUCAUUUUUGUAACUGUAUCAAAUGAUUGUUAGAUUUAAAACAAGUCAGGGUUUUAAAAGAAAGAGAGACUCUUUGCAUAAUCUUUACAUGAUUACAAUAAAUUCAUUGUAUG